GACUGCUUUAACGGCCAUGGCUUAAUGCUGGGGAAUUCUAGGACUGUAAUUGGUUGUGGCACCAGAGCUCACAAAGGUUGGUUUUACUCUAACAGACCCAUCAAUAUUGGUGUUACAUGGCUUCAAGUUGAACCUCACCUAGGGUUUCUUGGCAAGAUUUAUUCAGAGGAGGUUGGCUAUUGCCAAUUGUGACUUGGCUAAGGCCACAAAGUAGGUUUCCAUGGUUGAGCUGGAAUGUGAACCCUAAUCCUCAACCAACAAUGCAUCAUGCUUGCACUCACUGGGAAGGUGCGUAUUGCUAACUGUGACUAAUAGUCCUUGGUGUUAGAGACUGUUUUAUUGUGCCUCAUUGAUCCACAAAUGGAUUCCAUCUGGGCUCUAGAACUAUUCUAGUACAUGUCAGCAAAGAAAGCAGUUGUGUGCUUUUUUGGGUUUUAGAUAUGUAGGCACUUCUUUCUGAGUUUGCAUCAGAUUUCUCCCCAGAUGUCAUUUAUUAAAAAGAUGCAGUUACCAUACCUAAGUUGCUAUUUCUUUUAUAGGGUGAGAUGGGGCAACCAGGCAUGGUUGGAUUGCCAGGAGUCAAUGGCUCCCAGGGAGAAAUGGGGCCUUCAGGUUUACCAGGUCCUCCAGGUCCUCAGGGACCCCAAGGCUUAGAAGGACGACGCGGACCUCCAGGUCUCCGAGGAUUACAGGGUCCUUUGGGAAAGGAAGGAUUCCCCGGAGCCAAAGGAGAUCCAGGGGAAGAUGGGCCUCCUGGUCUAAGAGGGGCACAUGGACAAGAAGGCCUCAUGGGGUUACCUGGGAUGCCAGGUCCUCAAGGAGUAUCUGGGGAGCAGGGAGGCAGAGGACCAGAGGGAGCAAAAGGGGAUGCAGGGACCAAAGGUGACCAGGGUACCAUUGGCUUCCGGGGUACUAAAGGAUUACCAGGCGUUCGAGGUGCUACAGGUUUUCAAGGCUUUCCAGGAGCCAAAGGAUUAGCUGGACCACUGGGACCUGAAGGAGAGGAAGGGCAGAUUGGUCCGCCUGGUCAAAAUGGUACAGAAGGACCUAAGGGCAGUCGAGGUUUGGAUGGCACCAAAGGAAGACCAGGGCCACGGGGAAGCCGGGGCCGAAUGGGUCAGCGUGGACUUGCUGGAAUCCCAGGAACCCCAGGCUUACGAGGCGCUCCGGGAGCGGAUGGCCCAGAAGGAAAGCCUGGUACACAGGGUAUUGGUGGUGCCAUGGGAAGCCCUGGUCAAAACACCCCAGCUGUGAGUAGACGUGCUUCUUUUGUGCAUGCAUGUGAAUCCAGAUACUGACACCUCCAUUUUUUUGAUAUGAUGGGAGCAAAACCACUGG